AUGCGCUGCCCCUGGGCACCGCUGGCACCGGGCAAAGAGCCAGCGGUGGCGAACCCCUGCCCGGCCUCGGGCCAGGUUGGCCAGACUCUGCAGCCCACGGCACCACGUUCCUGCCCACGGCCAGAGAAGGGUGGCCCUGGGGCACCCAGCCCCAUCGCCAGCCUGGCGCCGGACACCCACCCUGCAGGGAUCCAGCCCUGUCCCGGUGGCUCCCCGCAGGUGCCCCAUGGCUGGACCAGAGGCGCCAGCGCUGGCAUCAGCCGCCACCGGCCCCGGUGGAGCCAGACGGGGAGACCGGGCAUCGCCAGCCCCACGGCCCGGGGCACCGCCCGGGCAUCCCGGUAUUACCGAGCGCGAUCCCGGUACCGCCGUGUGUCCCUCCGUGUGCCUCCGGGCGCCCCCGGUACCUCCCCGAUACCUGGCUGGCGGUGGCAGCUGGGCCCUCGCCUGCGCAUGCUGACACCCGUGGGCUGGCGCUUGGCUUUUGCCCGGCAGGACUCAGCCAAGGUCACAGCUGGCCGCAGGGAAGGUCCCCAGCGGGUGCCCAGAGGAGCAGCCCCUGCAGCCGGAGCCAUGUCACCCUGCACCUUCGCCCUCCUCCUCCUCCUCCUCCUCCUGCAGGACGCAGCACCCAAUGUGCUGACCUUCCCCGAGCCCGGCCAUGGCCUCUGGCGGCAGAAGAGGGACUGGGUCAUCCCCCCCAUCAACUGCCCCGAGAACGAGCGGGGGCCCUUCCCCAAGAAGCUGGUGCAGAUCAAAUCCAACAAGGACAAGGAGACCAAGGUUUUCUACAGCAUCACAGGGCAGGGGGCGGACACCCCCCCCGUGGGUGUCUUCAUCAUUGAGCGGGAGACAGGGUGGCUGGAGGUGACGAAGCCGCUGGACCGGGAGCAGAUCGACAAAUACGUCCUCUUCUCCCACGCGGUGGCGGCCAACGGGCAGCCCGUGGAGGACCCCAUGGAGAUCAUCAUCACCGUGAUGGACCAGAACGACAACCGGCCCGUCUUCACCAAGGCAGUUUUCCACGGCACCGUAGCAGAGGGGGCUAAGCCAGGCACCUCCGUGCUGCAAGUGCUGGCCACGGACGCAGACGACACAGUGAGCUCCAGCAACGGAGUCGUGGUCUACUCCAUCCUGCGCCAGAAGCCAGACCAGCCCCAGCCCCACAUGUUUGCCAUUAGUGGCAGCACUGGAGUGAUCUCCGUGGCUGCGGCGGGGCUGGUGGCACAGGCGGUGCCCGAAUACACCCUGGAGAUCCAGGCGGCCGACAUGGAAGGCUACGGGCUGCAGGCCACGGCCACCGUCCUCAUCAAAGUGCAGGGAGGGAGGCGAGGCUGGGGUGGCAGCUCCGCCGUGGCUCCUCCUGGCCCGGCGCCCCGACGUCCCGCCGGGCUCUGGUCCACCAACCCCAGGGCCACGGUGGUGCCGGAGCGUGGGUGCCGGCAGGGCUCCCGGGCGCACCUCCCAGUGGGAAGCCACCUGCGCCAGCUCGGCCCAGCUGGGGAGGAGCGCCCGGUCCUGCUGCGGCCCCGUGCCGGGAUAGCGGCGGCAUCCAGCCUCGCCAGCUCCGCUGAAGGCACGUCCGAGAUGGUGAACAGCUCCCUGACCACCCACGUGCUGAACACAGUCACGGGGCUGCCGGCAGCCGGCCUCGUCAUCCGCCUGGCCCAGCUGCAGGAACCGGGGCUGCAGUGGACGGAGCUGGCGCAGAGGUGGACGGAUGAGGAUGGGCGCUGCCUGCCCCUCCUGGCUCGGGGGCAAGCAAAAGCCGGCACCUACAAGCUGCGCUUUGAGACAGCGGCGUACUGGCAGGGCCAGGGGCACACCAGCUUCUACCCCUUUGUGGAGGUUGUCUUCACCAUCGCUGACCCGGCCCAGAAGCUGCACGUCCCGCUGCUGAUCAGCCCCUACUCCUACACCACGUACCGGGGCAGUUAG